AUGGCGAAGUUGGACAGGAGGGUGAGGAUAGUCAUGAAAGGGUGGCUCAGUUUUCAGGUCGUCAAGUCAAACAGCCCUUUCUUGGCCACAAAUCGAAAGCCAAUUGACAGAAUUCGUCUCUUCCGGUGUCAUGUCUAUGAGCUCAGACACCAUUUCCUCCUCAGACGAGGUCGAAAUCAGACUGUCCCUGAAGAGGUGGAGGAGACGAAGGCUUGGGCGAAUGAGAGAGCAGAACAGGACAUGCCGACCUCAAGAAGGCCUCUGAAGGCAAGAGAGAGUGAUGAAGAGAGAGAGAGCUAG